AAGAGGACUGUUUUAAGUUUGAAUUUAAUAUUUGAGUUCACAAUUCCACUGUUUUUUCCCAGAUUUGAGGUGGACAAUGGAAGCAUCUGUGCUAAUAAAAGUCUAUUGUGGGUGAAACAACUAAUGAAGUGCAUUGAUGGAGGCUUGAAUUGUAAGGAUGAUGCCUCCUCAAGCUCUCAGAAAAAGUCUAAGGGUACCAAUGAGAAGCCUCCCACCAGGACAACUAACACUCCAACAACAGCGCCUGUGACCAGCACAAAGCCCUCAACACAAAGUUGGGAUCAGAACAUUGGGCAAUAUACAGAACCAGCAGAACCUGGUGCAGCUACACCAGCAGCAAGCCUUGCUGCCCCCAGUGACUUGAACACCACACUGCUAGACCCCAACAAGGCAAACAAUCUGCCCCAAGGCAAAGAUAAGUCUAUCGAACAUCAAAAUACCGAAAACCAACAGAGUAAGAUGAAACACAUGCAGAUUGCUGUCAUCUCGUUAAUUGCAAUCGUUCUCGUCUUGGUGACAGUUGUUGUCGGCGUAUAUUGCCAGAAGAGGAAGGCCAACAACUUCAAUACACCUUGUGGAAGCAGAACUAUGGAGUACACAGCCGCACCGUCUGAAGCCUCCAUCACAGAGGUCAAUGUUGGGUAG